AGAUCAUGUGAAAAAUUAUCCAAAGAUUCGUACCCGAAGACACAUUCGGGAGAUUGACGAAUCCUUUACCCAAAGACACGGUCGGCAGAUUAAUUAAUCUUUGAUCGGGAGAUUAACGAAUCCUUUUCCAGAAUAUGGUCCGCAAGUGACGUUCUUUCGGAAUGAUGCUGGUUCUACUGUAUCUCCUGGUGCUCCUCAUCCCUGGAGGCUCUCCUGCUGGAGAGUCUCAUCUGAUUGGUUCACCUGACCCCAUCGUUGCUGUAAAGGAUGAUGAUGUCAUCCUGCCGUGUUUCCAGGAACCUCCCAUCAAUGCAGAGAACCUGACAAUAGCAUGGACCAGACCUGACCUGAACCUGAAUGUACAUUUCUAUCAGGAUGGUCGUAACUUACCAGACCAGAUUAAUCGGUCUUACAAAUACAGGACCAUGCUGUUUGAAGAUGAACUGGUCAGGGGCAACGUCUCCCUGAAACUCUUCUAUGUGAGGCUGGAGGAUGAGGGGAGCUACACCUGCAAGGUUGUUAAGGACGGAAAGGUUAACAAGACUGUUAUCCAGCUCAGUGUUGUGGUCAUCUGUAAACCAGAGGUCUCCAUCCAGGGACACAGCGGCACAGGGGUGGCUCUCCAGUGUGAGUCUGGAGGCUGGUACCCAGAACCUGAGCUGGAGUGGAGGGACAGUGAGGGACGCCUCCUCCCUGCUGAUGUCACACAGACACACAGACACCCAGACCCCGGCCCUCACCAACGCUACACUGUGACAAGCAACGUGACUGUACAGCAGACAGACACCAACAGGUUCACCUGCAGGGUUCAUCUGCAGGGACUCAACCAGAUCAUGGAGACAGAGAUCCAUGUUCCUGAUCACAGUUUUCAUCCUGAGGAACAUGAACGAUCCCAGUCCAAAAAUGAACUGUAGAGACCAAGAAUCUGUCAUCAUCUCCAUCAAGAACCAGCAGCAUGAACCAACCAGCGUUCUUGAGUCCCUGUGUGUAGGUUGGUGUGUGUGUGUGUGUGUGUGCAUAUGUGUGUGUGUCAGUAAGUUUGUUAAUAAUAUGGAACUGAGAAGCAAACGUGUCUAGUCAGGAGAACAGGGUCCUUGACUCUGACCACUGAAACACUGUUAGAACUCUGUACUUCUGAUCCUCUACUGUUCUAUAGGCACUGUUAGAACUCUGUACUUCUUAUCCUCUGCUGUUCUAUAGGCACUGUUAGAACUCUGUACUUCUGAUCCUCUGCUGUUGGAUACGAGUGUCAGAACAUGUAAAUGAUACAGUUAUCACAGAAUAAUGCCUUAUCUCAGCUUGUGCUAAAUCUACCUGUUGUUUGUUUCAGUUAAAUGGGUGAUUCAGCAUGGAGACUGCUUGCUCUCCUUGUUUAACUUCAUCUCUUAUGUUUCUGAAUUUUGCACUUUUGAACUUCUGCUUUUG